AUGCGGUGGCACCUUACCCUCGUCGACUGCCACUCGGCACGCACCUUUGUGUACUCGCUGCACCCGCGCAGCUUGGGCUUGGACUGCAACGCGUCGCAUGACGUUCGCCUUCCGUUGCACGUGGUGAUCUACAGCGGUGACAUGCCAGCGACGCAGCGCAUUCUGGCCUGUCGCCCGGACCUCGCGUCCGCCGAAGCUAUCGACCUUGCCUUCCACUGCGCUCGCUUCAAGGUUGCCGCGUACCUCAUGGAGCAGCGCCAGAAUGACUUGCCGUUGACGUGCGUCGAGAACGGCAACGUGGCGCUGCUCCAAUUGCUCCGGACGUACACGACGAUCGGGUGGAGACCCGACGUGCUGCGCAGGGCCAUCACGCAACGUCGCUCGCUCGACAUGGCCACAUACCUCCACCAUACC